UUACAUUUCUAGGGCUCUUCGUCUCCUCCAAGAUGACGAGCGCGUGGGAUCCGGCCUACCUGUGGAGGCAAACCAGCAAGCUACUGCGGCGAUCCGAGCCGGAGGUCCACGUCCACGAGGUAAAUCACGCCGAAAUUCCAGCGCCGAGCAGCGGCGGGGGAGGAAUCGAGAGGAUAUUUCCCGCGUUGAGCUCCAGGGAUGUGCUGCUCGUCACCGGCGCCGCGGCGGUCGGCGGAGCUCUCGUCGUGGCGGCCGUGUACGCCGCGCCAGGGAUUCUGUCCAGGUAUCAGAUCGAAUGCCCGGCGUGUGGAUGCCACUGCUGCGUUUGCUAUGUCGCCCACCAGCGCCCGGCGGAGCUCGUUGCCAAGAUGAUCAAGGGAAUUUCAUCGUCGCUGGCUGCUGGAAAAGAGAAGAUCCAGAAGGCUGUAGGAUUCACCUCGGCUACCAGCGACGAGCAUUCUCACGCAGACAACAACAAUGGAAGCUGGACGUGCAUCCAAGUCUCGCGGGACAAAAACUCUGCCACUACUGUGGAUAUCGAAGAGACACCGGCGGCGGCUGUGACAGGCGACGAAGAGAUCGACAUUGACAACAGGCCUGGCUUGCCAGAUCCUUUCUCCGCGACGAAGCGCAAAGGCUAUCUCUCGUGGGACGAUUACUUCAUGUCCAUUGCGUUUCUCUCGGCUCAGAGGUCCAAAGAUCCCAUCCGACAAGUCGGAGCUUGUCUCGUUAGCCAAGACUACGUCAUCUUGGGCAUUGGCUACAACGGCUUUCCUCGAGGUUGCUCUGACGAUAAGCUUCCCUGGGCCAAAAAAUCACGGGAUGGUGACUUGCUCAAGACCAAAUAUCCAUACGUAUGCCAUGCGGAAGUGAACGCCAUCCUCAACAGGAAUCACGCCUCAGCAUCCGGUCAGAGGCUCUAUGUGACCAUGUUCCCGUGCAACGAGUGUGCCAAAGUCAUAAUCCAGGCAGGAAUUGCCGAAGUGAUCUUCUACACCGACAAGCAAUCGCACCCCGACUUCCAAUUCACGGCCUCACGCAAGCUGCUGUCCAUGGCCAACGUUAAGCUCCGACAGCACCAACCCAAAGCAAAGUCCAUCAUUCUCGAGUUCUAAGCAAGAGUGAGCUUCCGUACAUAUAUAUACACUAGACAAACGAGGACUAAGAACUUGGUGAUCUCUUGCGAGACGAUCUUCCAUUGCGUGUUCUUGCCGCUCUGGUUGUGAUCCGGGUGGUAGAGCCGCAGCGCCUUCUUGAGCGCCGAUCGUGGCGACUGGACGCUCUCGUCGACGAUCCGAACGCGAUCCGCGGGAUCCAGCCCCGGCGGCGGAUGCUCCGCGAGGAGAAACUCGAGGAACUUGGGCAGAUUGUGCUUGUUCUUGGCGAAAUUGGCCUCGAGGCGCAUGAAAA